AUGGACCCAAUCAAGUAUGUCUUUGAAAAACUGGCAAUGACAGGAUGGGUGGCUCGUUGGCAAAUGCUGUUGACUGAGUAUGAUAUCACUUAUAUGACAAGAAAGGUCAUUAAAGGGAGCGCCAUAGUAGAAUAUUUGGCAGAUAAGGCUGUCGAAGACUACCAGCCCAUGGAGUUUGACUUCCCGAUCAAGGACAUUGAUUUGAUAAGCCAAGAAGAAGGGGAUCUGGAUAGAUGGAUGAUGUUAUUCUAUGGGGUAGCUAAUGUAUGGGGACAUAGAAUAGGGAAUGUGUUUAUAUUGCCAAAAGAUAAACAUUACCCGAUCACGGCCAAACUUACCUUUCCUUGUACUAAUAAUGUGGCCGAAUAUGAAGCAUGUGUGUUGGGUUUGCAGGUUGCCAUAGAUCGGGGCAUUAAAGAAUUGGCUGUAAAAGGGGAUUCAUCUUUGGUUAUUCAUCAGUUGACUGGAGAGUGGGAAACCCGAGAUUCCAAGAUGAUACCAUAUCAGGAAUGCAUCCAAGAAAUGAUUAAAGGAUUUGACCGCAUUAGUUUUUCCCACCUGCCGAGGGAGAACAAUUUGAUUCCUGAUGCAUUAGCCACCCUGGUAGCUCUGUUCAUAGUGGAACCAGGAAAGGAGAUCAAACCAAUUCGAAUAAGGUUGUUUUCGGAGCUGACAUAUUGCGAAGUGAUAGAAGAAGCUAAUGGGAAACCAUGGUUUUAUGACAUCAAGACAUACCUUUAG